CUGGUGGUGACUUCGUAACGUAAAUUCAGUGUAUUGCUGGUUUUGGAUAGAAAAUAUUCAAAAUUCAAGAUGGCUAGAUGUUACGAUGGUGUUUUAGACUUUUGUCGUUAACUUUAUUUGUUUUGUGUGAAACAGUGCUUUUUCCACUAUGGCUGACUUAUGUGUUGAUAUAUCAAAGUUGCCGGACGAGAUAAGAGACAAGUUGGCCGAGUUGGACUUGGAGUUGUCUGAAGGUGACAUCACACAAAAGGGAUAUGAGAAGAAACGCACGCGUCUUCUUGCACCUUACACAGCUCAGCAGCAGCCUCAAGCAGGCAACCAACAGCCACGGGGGCCCCGCGGCGACAGCGGCAGCAGCCGACAGCUCACAAGAAAUCGACGCACACAUCGACGAGUCACGCACAAUGAGAAGAGAUACCACUCAGAAGUGAGACAGGAGGCAGUACAACAGGCACUAGCGGAAAUGCAGAACCGACCUAAGCCAUCGCUUCCUAUGCCAUCUAAACGAACGUCAAUGAUGGCCAAGAGUCCUGACAGAGAGAGACACGAUCUUUCCUCAAGUUCAGACGAGGAUUCGUGUGCUGGCGACUCAGAGCUGCCUCCGCCGCCUGAACUAGGUUCACCACCAGCUCGCCGCCCCGCCGCGCCGCACCCCCGCGCACACCCUCACCCCCUUCCGCAGCUACUCCACCAAAGGGAGAAGAAACACACGCCCCGGGAGAAGACAGAGAUAGACCUGUCAGAAAUCACACAUCUUCCGGCAUAUAUUCAGCCUGACGUAACACACACGACGUCAGGGGCGCGUCGUGGCGGCGCCCACAUCGCCGACCGCGUGCAGUGUUACGCGCAACCAGAAGACACUGGCACUGGCACCGGCAGAUGGAAGGUGUCAGCAAAAAUACAACAACUCCUUAACACACUUAAGCGGCCCAAGCGCAGACCGUUACCAGAGUUCUACGAAGACGACGACAUAGAAUUAGAGAUUGCAGCGAAUCCAAAAGAUCCAAACGCGCCGAAACCAGAAGGCGGUACCAUGACCCCGGCUGUGGGCGAACAGCUUGUGGUUCCAGCCGGUCUGCCGAGAAACCUGGAGGCGGCGUUGCAGAGAUACGGGACAGCGUCUUUCAAAGCAAACGUCGCCACUGUGCUCGAUCCUAACGGAAAACUUAGUAAUUCACUCACAUAUGGAAAGCUCCUAAGCCGAUCGCUGAAAAUAGCACACGCAAUAUUGAAUAGAACAUUCACAUCGAAAAGCAGUAGUGGCGGUCCGCUCACCGGAGACAAUUCAAUUAAGCCCGGCGACAGGGUGGCGUUAGUGUACCCAAACAACGACCCAAUCAAUUUCAUGUGCGCCUUUUACGGCUGUCUGCAAGCGGGCAUCGUUCCCGUGCCCAUAGAAGUGCCAUUGACUAGACGGGACGCUGGCCUCCAACAAGUCGGCUUCCUGCUUGGCUCUUGUGGCAUCCAGUAUGCGCUGACUUCUGAUGCUUGCUUGAAAGGUUUACCAAAAACAUCAUCUGGUGACGUGGUGUCGUUUCGGGGCUGGCCCUCAUUGCAAUGGGUGUCGACGGAGAAGCUCCCGAGGCCGCCGCGAGAUUGGAUCCCACCGCCUCGACCGGCGGAGGACGGCCCGGCGCACAUUGAGCACACAUCUGCUGCUGACGGCUCCGCAAUGGGAGUCAUUGUUACUAGAUCAUCUAUGUUAUCACACUGUCGAAUGCUCUCGGUAGCUUGUAAUUACACUGAAGGGGAACACAUGGUGUGUGUCCUGGACUUCAAAAGGGAGACAGGGCUGUGGCAUGCGGUGCUCGCGAGUGUUCUAAACGGCAUGCACGUCAUAUUUAUACCGUACGCUCUUAUGAAAGUCAGCCCGGCUUCCUGGAUGCAUAUGAUCACAAAAUAUAGGGCAUCAGUAGCAAUAGUCAAGUCACGCGAUCUACACUGGGGCCUCUUAGCCACACGGGACCAUAAGGAAAUCUCACUCAGUUCCUUGAGGAUGCUGUUGGUGGCAGAUGGUGCUAAUCCUUGGUCCUUGUCGUCGUGCGAUCAGUUCCUGUCCGUAUUUCAGAGUAAAGGUGUACGCGGCGACGCCAUUUGCCCGUGUGCUUGCAGCAGCGAAUCGUUGACAGUGUGCGUCCGCCGCGCCGGCCGUGGUGGUUCGUCCGCCGGACGCGGCGUGCUCUCUAUGUCCGGCCUCUCGUACGGCGUCGUCAGGGUGGACGCAGAAAACUCGCUCACUUCGCUCACGCUGCAGGACUGUGGACAAGUUAUGCCUUCGUGCGUAAUUGUGGUCGUGAAAAUGGAAGGUCCAGCAUUCCUUUGCAAGACGGAUGAAGUGGGUGAAAUAUGCGUGCUGUCCGGAGCGACCGGAUCCGGCUACUGGGGCCUGCCGGGCCUCACCAACACGGUAUUCCGCGUUCAGCCGCUGGACGCUGAUGGGGACCCUAUUGGCGAAGAGCACUACAUUCGGAGUGGUUUACUUGGAUUCCUUGGGCCCGGUGGCUUGGUGUUUGUGUGCGGUUCGCGCGACGGCCUCAUGACGGUGACGGGGCGCAAGCACAACAUGGACGACAUAAUAGCCACGGUUCUCGCCGUCGAACCCAUGAAGUUCAUCUACAGAGGUCGGAUCGCAGUUUUCUCCGUGCGUGUGCUACGCGACGAACGCAUCUGCAUUGUCGCCGAGCAGCGCCCCGACUGCGGCGAGGAAGAGUCUUUCCAGUGGAUGUCACGUGUAUUGCAAGCAGUCGACUCGAUCCAUCAAGUGGGCAUAUACUGCCUUGCGCUUGUGCAACCAAACUACCUCCCGAAAACCCCUCUCGGCGGCAUACAUCUCAGUGAAUGUAAAAGGCGCUUCCUCGAAGGAACUCUGCACCCCGCCAACGUGCUCAUGUGCCCUCACACUUGCGUCACAAACUUGCCCAAGCCGAGGGAAAUACAUUCAGCAGAUGUCGGCCCUGCUUCGGUGAUCGUCGGUAAUUUGGUUCAAGGCAAUCGACUAGCUUCCGCUCAGGGCCGUGACAUGGGCUACACCGACGACUCCGACGCCGCUCGAAAGUAUCAAUUCAUAUCACAAAUACUCAGGUGGCGCGCACAAAGUACAUCCGAUCAUGUUAUAUUUACGCUGCUCAAUUCGAAAGGCGCCGUUUCCAAAGUUUUGACUUGCGCCGAAUUACACAAGAAAGCCGAGAGAAUCGGCAACCUGUUAUUGGAGAAAGGUCGCGUCAACACGGGCGAUCACGUGGCUUUAAUCUUCCCACCGGGACUUGAUCUCAUUUGCGCUUUCUACGGUUGUCUGUACGUGGGCGCCGUUCCGGUGACGAUAAGGCCGCCUCAUCCGCAGAACCUACACACGACGUUGCCGACGGUGCGAAUGAUCGUAGACGUGAGCAAAGCGACGCUAGUCCUCUCCAACCAAUCUGUGAUAAAACUGCUCAGGUCUAAAGAAGCGAGCAACGUCCUCGACAGCAAGGCUUGGCCCAUCACACUCGACACUGACGACAUGCCCAAGAAGAAGUUACCCAUUCUGUAUAGAGCUCCGACGGCAGAGAUGCUGGCGUAUUUGGACUUUAGCGUGUCUACGACAGGCAUGCUGGCCGGAAUCAAAAUGUCGCAUGCAGCCGUCACGUCGCUCUGCCGCUCCAUGAAGAUAGCUUGCGAACUGUACCCGUCGCGACACAUAGCUCUGUGUCUCGACCCGUACUGCGGGCUGGGAUUCGCUCUGUGGUGUCUCAGCAGCAUCUAUUCGGGCCACCACUCUAUCCUGAUUCCCCCUUCGGAAGUAGAGAUCAAUCCAGCUCUCUGGUUGAGCGCGGUCUCGCAGUACAAAGUUCGGGACACGUUUUGUUCUUAUGGCGUCAUGGAGCUAUGCACGAAAGGGCUCGGUAGCUCUGUCAAUCAACUCAAAGCGAAAGGGAUCAACCUGGCGUGCGUCAGAACGUGCGUCGUAGUCGCAGAAGAGCGACCGAGGAUCAAUUUGACCAACUCAUUUUCUAAACUGUUCUCGGCUCUCGGUCUCAGUCCACGAGCAGUAUCGACGUCCUUCGGAUGCCGCGUGAACAUAGCCAUAUGUCUGCAAGGCGCGAGUAGUCCAGAGCCGUCUACCGUCUACGUAGAUCUACGAGCUCUCAGGAACGACCGCGUGUCUCUGGUGGAACGAGGCAGUCCACACUCGCUUUGCUUGAUGGAGUCCGGUAAACUGUUGCCGGGAGUCAAAGUGAUCACGGCUAACCCGGAGACUAAAGGGCAAUGUGGGGACUCACAUUUGGGAGAGAUAUGGGUGCAGUCACCCCAUAACGCUAGCGGCUAUUUCACAAUUUACGGCGACGAAAGUGACUAUGCAGACCAUUUCAGCGCUCAACUCGUCACUGGGAAUACUGGAGAAGUUUACGCGAGAACAGGGUACUUGGGAUUUUUGAGGAGAACAGAGAUAAGCACCACGACCGUCGGGAGCGACGACACGUCCAUCCUGACGCGCGACAGCGACACCGAGUCCCUGGCGUCCGCCUGCGGGAGCGUCUCGGGUCCCGACUCGCACGACACCCACGACGCGGUGUUCGUCGUGGGCGCCCUCGACGAAACGAUCAUGCUGCGUGGAAUGCGGUACCACCCUAUCGAUAUUGAAAACUCAGUCAUGAGGUGCCAUAAGAAGAUUGCCGAAUGUGCCGUGUUCACGUGGACCAAUCUACUCGUGGUGGUAGUGGAGCUGGACGGCAAUGACAGCGAGGCACUCAACCUCGUGCCACUGGUCACUAACACGGUGCUGGAGGAGCACCACCUCAUCGUGGGCGUCGUGGUGGUGGUGGACCCCGGCGUCGUGCCCAUCAACUCGCGCGGUGAGAAGCAGCGCAUGCACCUGCGCGACGGCUUCCUCUCCGACCAAAUAGACGCGAUAUACAUCGCUUACAAUAUGUAAUCCUCUUGUGGACACAGCCCAUUGACUAAAUUGGGCUUUGAAAUAUCAAUGUUAAGACUUUUUGGUGACUCGAAGUGCGCGAUCUGAACGGUCCCAUCGUUAAUAUCUAAGUUCCAAUUUAGAGCCGCCGUACAAAGGCAGCUCGCACAGUCGUCGUCACCUGCUCGAACACUCGAACGGUCUCGUGUGACACGGAACGGUAGAUUGUAGUCAUGCAGUCGGUCAUGACUGCUUCGAUUUGCCUGUGUAGGGCUGCUCCGAGAAUCAACACAGAUUACCUAUUCGACUGUUAAGAAUUAGUUUUUAUUACUAUAUUUUGUUACGUAUAUGGUAAGCACUUUGAAUUUUGUGUCAUUUUUGUUUCACUGGGAAAAUAGUUUGCAAUAAUUUUUGAAGCGAAGCUUCUUAAAACACUUCUCAACAUUGACCACUCGGCCGCCGGGAAGUAAAACGGCAAAAAUAUUUUUUAUUUAUUUUACUUUUUGUUAUGUAUAUUGGAUUAGCCCAUAAUAUACAAGAAACAACUAAAUUCGCUAUAAUCCGAUGCCGGAGUAUCUUAUGCUCCGAUGUUAAAGUAAAUUGUGUUUCGAAUAUUUCCGUUGUGUUGUGCAUAUUUGUGUGGUACGUAUUGCUGUUUUCUGAACGUUUAAUAACGGGAGGGUGGCCGGUGCAGAUUGCAUGCUAUAUACAUUGUACCAUACAGAUUUGUUUGUUUGACGGAUUAUAGCAAAUUAAGCUUGCUGUUCCUAGUUCAUUUUAUUUGACUUCUUCGUUGAAUCAACUAAGCUGGACCAGAUAGUUUGGUCCAGUUCAGUCAAAAUUACUUUCACCGGAAAGUGUGUUGAAGCUUCGCUUCUGUCGGACGUCCACUAACGCCUGAAUUUUUUGAGAAAGCUUAAUUUUUCAAUUGAUGUUGUUUAAAGCAAAGCUUUAUGUGAUUUAUUUACUAAAUGAUUUAUAUCUUCUGGCUCAAAUAUACUAAAACUGUUAUGUAUUGUAAUAUUUAUAUGUAUUUCGUACUAUUGCAUUUCUUUGUUAGGUACCUAUUAACGUACCGCAAGACUUCACAAUAAGUUUUUACUUUUAGUAAAAUGUUGUUUAGUCUCGCCUUUAAAGUCAGGAGGAAGGGCAUUCCAUGUUUUAGCUGCGGUAGUAUUAGAAACGAGGAAGCGAAUCGCCUCAUACGAGUCCAUAGAACUUCGACUAUGUAGAAAUGCAGGCCUUGCGAUGCCCUGCGUUUCGUUAUUAAAAUAACGAGGGUAAGACAGCACUGCUGCCUAUGACUUAAGUUUAAAGAAUUGUGUUCAACCUAAUUAACACCACUGUUAAUUUUCUUACACUCAACUGGGUUUUGAUAGAAUCUUUUUGGACUGUCAUGUUACUACUACUUUUGACUCGCAUUUUCUAGCACAAAGCGAUUCCCUUGUCUAAAGAUAAUAGUUAUUUAUGACUAUUAGUGUGGUAUGUUAUGUAAAGUUACAGGCGAAGCGCUAAUAUAAUGAAGCAAAUAUCGGGGGUAUUAAGUAGCACCGAGUGUUUCAUUUUUCGUUGCGCAUGUAUAUUAUUUCAAUACAUUUGUGAGUAAAAAUACUAGUUAGAUUAUUUAUUGUUUAUACAAUAUUUAAAAAUUACAGUUCUUAAUGUUAGAAUAUAACAACUCACAACUUUUAAAUUAGUUUACAAUAGUUCAGGGCUUAGAUAUUUUUAGGUUUGAGUAAUGUUAGUCACUGAGCAAUUGUUUGUAUUGUAAAAAAAAAUAUACAAACAAUUGGGUGCUUGAUCAUAAUCAUCAUAAUAUCUAAAAACAGAGAUUAGUUCAAUUUACAAAAUAUAGCUCAUCAUAGUCAUUUCCUACGCAGUUUGAAACUUCCCCUCUUCAUUUCACUCGACCUCGUAGACUAGCUUCGUUUAAGAGCUUUUUUGCAAGCUUAUGACUCUUUUACACAAACAUUGAAUGGAGUCGGGCUAAUCGGUUUCGUACUUGACUUCAUUAGAUAGUUUACUCUGUAAAUAUUUUUUUUAUAAGCUUUCAAAUAUAAUUUCUGAAAUUAAUCGAUUUUUUUAGUACCUUCUUGAUCAAAUUCGAGCUCUCCGUUUUCCCUACCUUUAUGAAAUAUAGACAAAUAAUAAAUUAUUUAUGGUUGCGAAAAUUUCGUGAGUGUUUUAUCCUAUGUUGUAUGUUUAUUUUCAAUAACAUUAAAUAUUUAUAGUGAUUAUAACUCUUGUCGAUAUAGAUAAAAGUUAUGAAUACCUAAAUAAUUACUUUCUAGACUACUCAAUUCAAAUCAUUUCGCACAUUAGUAGCUUUUGGCUUUUUAUUCCUACUUAUUAGAUGAUUUUUAACGACUUGGAGGUCCUCAAUUUGGUACGUUUUUUUUUUUUCAUUUGCACAAUUGAUGUAUACAAUUAUUAUAAUAAGUAUAAAUUGAAAUUUAAUUAUAUUGUUGUGAUCAUUAUAAAAAAAGUGGCAUAGAGGUGCACCCUCUAUGCCACUUUUUUUAUAAGGAACGAUUUGAGGAGUUCUAACGAAGUCUUGAAUCGACGCGGACGUUAUAAGCUGGUAAUAAUAUGUAGGUACUCAGUAAUAACUGGGUAUAGUUAUUUAUGACGAUCAAAGGGUACAAUACUGUAUCGGAACUUGUAAAAUUUUCUUGGACAAGGUCAAAAUGGGGUGUUACAUUAUCAAUACCGUAGCACGACUCAGGCAUGGUAAGAUUUCAAAAACAUCCGGGUGCAUUGCGAUACUCUCAGCAUUAGUAUUUCCUCGAUAUAGGAAUGCGACAUCCCGUAUCGUGUGAUAAUAUUGAUAGUGUAAGACCUCUUAGGACAUCUUUACACUUGGGUAACAUUUUAAGUAGGGAAUUAGUUUAUUUAUGUUACAAGUGCGUAAUGUUAAUAAUUCUAAUCUAGGCGCAUAUUACCCGAACUGCAGACGAAGACUUUAAAUAGCGCUGAGAGUAAGAAUUAAUCUUAGCGAUACGAACAUGUACAUACCAAUAAUGUCAUUCAAACAUUUGUAGAUACAAACAUGCUCGAUUAAAAAUGAUGCGCCAAUACUACAAUACAAUACAAAAACAACAACACUAAAAUAUAGUAAAAUUAAGCAAAGUUUUGGACAUGAUUCCCUAAGUUUCGUUCGGGAGGGUCCACUGAUAAAGAUACUGAUAGGGGGCGAGGAGUGGAUGCUGGGAAGUAAAAAAAGCACCUUCUUUUAUCUCCCGCUCAAUGUUAUCAAAAGAGCCACUUUACGAGCAAAAGUAUUGAAAAAAUUAUUAUCUUGAUUAAAGUAUACAUAUUAAUGUUAUAUUAUAUAUUAUAUUAUAUGUGUCUAGCUGGGACCCUGCCGUCUGAGACAUGCUGUAGGAAAAGCAGUGUAGGCGAUCGUAAGUUAGUGUAAUAUUACAAUAUAAUAAAUGUUUGCUUAUUAGCUAUUUCCAUUCCAGUAUGAUCUAUUUUUUUGAUUUAUAAUAUUGGUAAUUUGGAAAGUACUAAAUUUAUUUUGUUCUACUAGUUGUAAAAUAUUAUUAGAUUUUCUUAUUUACUGUAUGCUCUUUAUAUUUUGUAAUUAUUUAUUUCUAAAUGCUAAAUCAACUGUAUAUAAUUUUGUUGUUUAUUUUUAUGUUUAAGUGAUUUCUGUUAAGCCUUAUAAUAUUUUGGAGUAAAUAUUAGUCUUUGAAGAAUUGAGACAAAUUAAAUUGAUUUGUAAUUAAUUAUAUUAUGAAGAUAUUUGGAAUUCCUUUUUACUUUAUAAAAGUGAUUUUUUUUUAGUAUUUUCAAACAUAGUCAUGUUACAGCAUAAUUAGUAUACAAGUAGUUCCAAUAAAUGUCUUAUUUGUAAUCCUUUUAUAAAAUAAAGCAUAAUGUUAAUGGGUUAGAGGUCCUGCAGGUUUUUUUUUUAAUUUUAUUCAACAAAAAUUGUAAAACCAUUGCAUUCAAGACUUCCUUUAUAAAUAGUGAAUACAUUAAAUAAUGAUUAUUGUAAUAUUUAACAAUAAAAAUAUAUAACGCACAAAAUUGUAAACAUUUUGGCAAUUUUUUUGGAUUUUCAUGGUUUAUGGAAGAUUUCACUUCCAAUAUUUGUAUGUACCUCAUUGCCAAAAAUGGUCUGUUGGGACUUUGUAACCGCUUUUACAAAAUGUGAUUUUUUCUGAUGUAUGAAUAAAUAAAAACAUGCCAUCCUGCAUGCUGA